GGUUGUGCUUUCAUGCACCAGCAGCCACCCUCAUCCACCUCGUGCAAGUGGGUUUGGUGGUUGCUAUGUUAGUGCUGCUUGUCUUUGGAGUAUUGCUUUAUGAAGUCCCACUGAGUGGCCAAGAUGAGACUCCUCCCGAGGCUGGAGAACCUCUGUAUAACUAUGCCAGCAUCCGCUUGCCAGAGGAGCACAUUCCCUUCUUUUUGCACAACAAUAGGCACGUUGCCACCAUCUGUAAGAAAGACUCACAGUGUCCAUAUAAGAAACACUUAGAAAAUCUGAAGUACUGCUGGGGUUAUGAGAAAUUCUGCAAACCAGAGUUCAGGUUUGGUUACCCUGUUUGCAGCUAUGUUGACAUGGGAUGGACAGACACUCUUGAGUCAGCUGAGGACAUAUUCUGGAAACAAGCUGAUUUUGGAUAUGCCAGAGAGCGGCUGGAGGAGAUACAUGUGCUCUGUCAGCCCAAGGAAACGGGGACUGAACUGAACCACCUGUUUGCUGAGCUGCAGAGCUAUACUCAGCUCAAUUUCAGACCUAUAGAAGAUGCUAAAUGUGACAUUGUUAUUGAAAAACCAACAUAUUUCAUGAAAUUAGAUGCAGGUGUUAACAUGUAUCACCACUUCUGUGAUUUUAUCAAUCUUUAUCUCACUCAGCAUGUCAAUAACUCAUUCAGUACAGAUGUGCACAUCGUGAUGUGGGACACCAGCUCAUAUGGAUAUGGUGACCUGUUCUCCGACACGUGGAAAGCCUUUACUGAUUAUGAUGUUAUACAUUUGAAAACGUACGAUUCCAAAAGGGUAUGUUUUAAAGAAGCUGUUUUUUCAUUACUCCCCCGCAUGAGGUACGGGCUGUUCUAUAACACUCCUCUGAUAUCUGGCUGUCAAAACACUGGAUUAUUCAGGGCAUUUUCCCAGCAUGUACUACACAGACUAAACAUCACACAAGAGGGACCCAAGGAUGGAAAAAUUCGAGUCACCAUUCUUGCACGGAGCACCGAAUACCGGAAAAUCCUAAACCAAAAUGAGCUUGUAAACGCACUGAAAACGGUAUCUAUGUUUGAAGUCCAGAUUGUUGAUUACAAGUACAAAGAACUUGGCUUUCUGGAUCAACUAAGGAUCACACACAACACAGACAUAUUUAUUGGAAUGCAUGGAGCUGGUCUUACCCAUUUACUUUUCCUUCCAGACUGGGCUGCUGUAUUCGAACUGUACAACUGUGAAGACGAGCGCUGUUACCUAGACUUGGCCAGGCUGAGAGGCGUCCACUACAUCACUUGGCGAAGGCAGAACAAAGUCUUUCCUCAGGAUAAGGGCCACCAUCCAACUCUGGGGGAACACCCGAAGUUUACCAACUACUCUUUCGAUGUAGAAGAAUUUAUGUACCUUGUCCUGAGUGCUGCAGACCACGUAUUGCAACACCCAAAGUGGCCAUUUAAGAAGAAACGCGAUGAGCUAUAAAUGUGUUGAGUCUGUUUGUUGAGUCUGUUGAGAGUGUUCAAACAUCCCAACGCCCAGACUCAUGAUUAAAUCAGCAAACAACCUAUUAUUUCCUAGCCCCAAAUUACCUUUUCUAUACCAAAACACACCUUCAGGGUAUUGUUACGUGUUUUAUAGUAUUUAAGUGUUAAGUGAUUUUUUUGUGAUAUUGCUGUUUAUCAAUAGCAAUAAUAAAUUUGCACUGAAAGCUUUACUUUUUGUAGUUCAACAAUCA